CAGUUGCAAUCGGAUGGAGCACAGGCUGCGUCGAGCUUGGCGUGUCUGCCGAGCGGCGAGCUGUGGCUUGCGUUCCUGCGCUGCUGUCUGCGCGUCGAGAAGUCACCGAGCGCCGCGCCGCGAGAUGCUCAAGGGGCGGUGGAGGCGGUGUACGACGCCGCAGGUGUGCCUCCAGUCUCUGUGCUGCAACACAACAGCUCAGGGCUUCUUCUCGCCGUCUUGGCCUCCGACUCAAGCGCUGCAAGUUCGGCUGAGCAGCUGCGCCGCGCAUGGAGGCUGCUCGCUGCGCUGCUGAGGAGCGGUACCGCUCGGCCCCCUUAGCGCGGCCGCUGCUGCCCAGGAACACGCCAUGUGGCCGCGCCCGCAUCGUGCUUCCCGACCACGUCCAUCUAUCUAUUCCCCAAGCAGCCGUCGCUAUGUUGGCCUUGCACUCGCUGCUCCUCUUGCUGCUCGGCGCCGUUGCCACCGCAGCCGCAGCCGCCGUCGAGCCGCGCGGCCUCGUCACGCAGUACCCCGGCACCAACCUGCUGGAAGCGCGCUACCCGAACGCCAUCACGGCGCGCUACAACAGCACCGUCAUGGUCCUGCCCAUCGCACGCAGCCUGGCACAGAGCCUCGUGCCCGCCGGCGUCAGCCUGCUGCCGACGCACCCCGUGCCCGGACUCGCGGCCGACCAGUGGCCUCUGGUGCUGCAGGCGGGCCUGGACCAGGAUCUGCACAGCAACGGCCUGCCUGCUGGUGACUUCUACGUCACGCGCCUCGCGGUGCCGUGGACAGACCAGUCGGGCGACGGCAAGACGCCGUUCAUCCACCAGCCGGCGCUCGCUCUCUCCAUUGAUGUGCUGCCGCUCUUCACGCGCGUCCUGACGGCCGCUCGGCUGGUCUACUCGCUCUUCACGCCCAACCCGGGCGCCUCGGCAGACCUCGGCGGCGGCCGCGAGGGCUCGUCGGCCAAGACGCUGCUCGGCAAGCUGGUGUACGACAUCAAUGUCGCGCGCACUGCGCCAGGACAGGAGAAGUACAGCCUCGAUCUUUUCCUUGACUUUGCGAACCAAGGCUAUGCCAAUGCCACGCUCAACUCAUGUGUCUACCACCCGACCACGUACGACCUGCCCGAGACCAACCCGUACUUCGUGACUGGCGACGUGACGCUGGGCAAUGCGUUCGUGCCCGGACUUGCGCAGACGUUCAAGAAUGUGCAGGGCCUGCGCGCCGGCGAGCACUUCCUCGAGACGCUCUUCCAGCCCUGCGUCGGCACGGCCAAGUUCCCUUCCAGCUGAUCCGCACCACAUCUAGACGUGCGCUUGUGACGAUAAUCUAAUUAUAGGCCAGUCGAACGG